GGGUGCUGCUGGGGGCUCCAGCCAAGCCUGGUGAGCGUGCGCAGGUGUGUCGGCCUGCUUCUGGAAUUUAAGAGUUUCUCAGUUACCUGAAUAUUGGCUGUGUGUCUGAAGCUCCUGGAACUUUUCUCACUGCAUAUAAACAUUAUACACAAGUGCUUAGCCCCAGCCUGAGAAUUAUUGGAAUCUUCUGGUAAGACAAAUUUGAACUGCAGGGGGAGUCCUGUGGAGGAAGAUGCAUCCUUUGAGCAAGCUGAUGACUAUCUCAAAACCUCAUAACCUGGCUCAUGAACAAAGUGAGGUCCUGAGAGCAAAUACGUCUUGGCAUCAGGAAACCAUCCCAGUCAUGGAGACAGAUGACUGUGAGGCCUCUCGUCAGAAAUUCAGUCAUUUCCAGUAUUUGGAAGUGUCUGGGCCUCGUGAAGCCCUGAGCCAACUCUGGGAGCUCAGUCUUCAGUGGCUGAGACCAGAAAUUCAUACAAAGAAGCAGAUUCUAGAGUUAUUGGUGCUGGAGCAGUUCCUGACAAUUCUCCCUGAAGAAGUCAGGACUUGGGUGAAUUUACAACAUCCGAAGAAUAGCAAAGAAGUGGUGAGCCUCAUACAGGAUGUGAUUGAUAUGCUUGAAGAUGAAGGUGAGAAUAUAGAAAAUUGGAGGUGGAAUAGCUGAUCCUCU